AUGGAUCCUAACAAUCCUAAUAACCCGAACAACCCCAAUCGCCUCAAUAUGAAUUACGGGUAUGACCAGCAGCACUACAACGCGGCCAACAACCGCGCCUAUCCCACUACCCCCUCCGCGUUUCCCCAGCCGAUCUACCAAACUCAGGGGGCCCAAGACUACGUCGAUCCUUCCAAUCCCGCUUAUGCCCCGGGAUAUUUCAUGAACAACGGAUAUGCCCCUCAGGCUCAGCAGCAACAGCAGCAGCAACAGCAGCAGCAACAGCAGCAGCAACAGCAGCAGCAACAGCAGCAGCAGCAGUAUGCCCAGCAGCAGCAGUACGCACAGCAACAGCAACAGCAGGCCCUGCAGUCGCCUCAGCCCGCCUACCAGACUCGCAUGGGAUACGCCAACGACGGCGCCAAUGGUCUUAUCCAGCAAUUUUCCAACCAGGACCUGAACGCCAACCGUGGAAACUUCUUCAAUCGUGCAGGCUCUCCUGCUCAGCGACCUCGCACCGCUGGCGGCUCCGCCGCUGCGGGCCCAACUCAGGCCGCACACUUGGCCCCUCCGGUGCCUCGUAGCCCUAGACCCCCGGCGGAGAACGAGGAGUUGCAGCGGUUCCCGGAUCGCUACUCAGAAAAUGUGCACAAGCGAGGCAAGGCCGCAAAGGAGCUGGUGACCGUCUUCUUCCAUGAAAACAUCGAACGGGCCCGUGAUCGCAACAUGCGCUCCGUGGACCUCGACAAGACCCUUCGUGAUGCCAAUAUCCCCUCCGAUCAGAAGCGCCAGGAUGCCGAGUCAAUUUCGAAGCGGGAAUCAGACUUCCUUCGUUUCCUGCGAACCAAGGAGACCCCACAAAACUUCCAGACCAUCAAGAUCAUCGGCAAGGGUGCUUUCGGUGAGGUGAAACUGGUGCAGCGCAAGACCGACGGCAAGAUUUAUGCCCUCAAAUCUUUAAUCAAGACAGAGAUGUUCAAGAAAGAUCAGCUGGCACACGUUCGUGCGGAGCGUGAUAUUCUGGCGGACUCAAAGGACAACCCGUGGCUCGUGAAGCUGCACGCAUCUUUCCAGGACUCGGCUUAUCUGUACCUUCUGAUGGAGUUUUUGCCUGGAGGUGAUCUGAUGACGAUGCUUAUCAAGUAUGAGAUCUUUUCGGAGGAUAUUACCCGAUUCUACAUGGCCGAGGUUGUCAUGGCCAUUGAGGCUGUUCACAAGCUUGGCUUCUUGCACCGUGAUAUCAAGCCUGAUAACAUUCUCCUUGAUCGAGGUGGUCACGUCAAGCUGACUGACUUCGGGUUGUCGACUGGAGGCAAGAAGACUCACGACAAUGCCUACUACCAGAACCUUCUCAAGAACUCAACAUCAAAGGACCGCAACCGCAACUCUGGUUACUUCAACGAUGCUAUCAACUUGACUGUCUCAAACCGUGGCCAAAUCAACACCUGGAGAAAGUCCCGCCGCGCCAUGGCUUACUCGACAGUCGGAACUCCCGACUACAUUGCUCCCGAAAUCUUCAACGGUCAAGGUUACACCUACCUGUGCGAUUGGUGGUCUGUCGGUGCCAUCAUGUUCGAGUGUCUCGUCGGCUGGCCUCCGUUCUGUGCUGAGGAUACCCAUGACACUUACCGUAAGAUCGUCAACUGGCGCGAAUGCCUCUACUUCCCUGAUGAGCUGGUUCUCUCUCGUGACUCUGAAUCGUUGAUCCGAAGCUUCUUGUGUGAUCCCGAGCACCGUAUUGGUGGCGAGGGUGGCCAGCAUGGUGGCGCAACCCAAAUCAAGAACCAUCCUUUCUUCCGCGGCGUGGUUUGGGAGCAGCUCCGUGGCAUUCGUGCGCCAUUCGAGCCCCGUCUUAGCUCCAACAUCGACGUGUCUUACUUCCCGAUUGACGAGAUCCCGCAAGAGGAUACCAGCGCUAUCCAUCGUGCUCAGGCCCGCGCCAUGCCAGACUCCCAGGAGGCCGAGAUGAGCCUGCCCUUCAUUGGAUACACCUACAAGGCUUUCAACGCCUUCCAAAGCAGCUAG